CCUCGUUCUUCCAAAGGAGAUGAGGCAAGAAAGAAGCAUCACCGCGGUCCACACCGUCUUGCUUCGUCUUCAUUGAGCACGCCUAGCAGCGUUCUGCUUCCUGGAAGCACCCCCUCGUCUGCCUCCAUGUCAAGAAGUGCAGCAUUAAACGCAGCGCGGAUUAUGCGGCAUCACCAUCAGCAAUUCCAUCCCCGUCAGAGAUCUCCUAGGAGUAACCUUUUUUCAGCCAUGCAUCAUCCGGGCUCGCGUGGUGCACCAUCCUCGUCACGUCAACAUGCAACUAUGACAUCGACCGCUCUUUCACCAACAAGCGCGCCCAAGGCGCUUCGCGAGCCUCCGCCAUUAGACCUGCUCGCGUCCGCCGACAUGAGCAAACUUACAACGACGAGCCGCUCGGCGCGUGGACCCCCCGGUCAGCCCAGUUACAUCGCACCCAACUACUUCAACAUUCUAGCCACCGUUCACGAAUCAGAGAUGCAAACAAGCGGCUCUGCCUCAGCACCUCCUCGCUCCGGAAGUCUCGCGGGGCCAUCGUCAGGCGUUAGUGCGCCUUGUAGCAGCGCGCCAGCGAUCGAGUUGAAUGAUGCAGCUGCUGGAGGGAAUAGUGCGUUACGGCAACUCACCCCGACACUUGCGUUAAUGCCGGAUCCCGAUGACCACGAAGCCACACCACCAGGAAAGGGAAAGAUGAUUGAAUCAGUGGAUGACGAGAAGGAGAACGUGAGCAUGUUGGACGUUGAAGAAGUAAAGAGCAACGACCUUUCUCGAGGUUCCUCACCCAGUGCAGGAGAGCGGGAAGUAAAGGAAGGUGCAUUGUCUGCGCUCGAUAAAAGCAAGAGCAUUAGCUCAUCGAGCGGAAAUCUAAUGGCAAGAGCAGAGUCGUUUCCAACCUUCGAUACCACACCCAACAUGAACGAUGAAGAACCAUCACUGGAUGCCACUUUGCAGUAUCUUUCUGGUUGGGCCGCUGCUGCGAUGGGCGGCCUCCUUGCGGCCGACGGUGCGCCUGACUCCGUAUGCGACGACACGCGAAUAGCUCCAGCUACAGCGGAUGCUGUUGGCACGGCGGCCUUAGCGCAAUUAGCGUCGACUGCUAGUGCUACCGCUUCUGCAGGUCACAGUGCGACGGCGUCCGCGGUGCGCGCAGGUGCGUCAGCAGAACCAAGCACUCACCUUCCCUGUGGGCUUCUCAACGAUGGAUACUACGAGCGAUUUUUCUUCGAGGUCGAGUUUCUCGGCCGUGGCAGUUUUGGGCACGUCUUUCAUUGCCGGCAUAUGAUUGACGGUGAAACACUGGGCGACUUUGCGUUGAAGAAAGUGGCUGUAGGAGACGAUCGCACUUGGCUGCGAAAAAUAAUCCGCGAGGUGAAGGCGUUUGAAAGGUACAAUUUGGUUUCGAAUUCUUUCUUCUGCGUAGAUUUGCUUUACGCACGACAAGAAGAGUAGUCCAAUGCUAGCACUAGAAGGAGUUCUUUCUCGUUCCAGAGUGAAUGAUGGAACAUUUGUCUAAUCGUAAAAUUGCACGUCUUAGUGCAGCAACAUCAGGAUCGAAAUGGGAAUACUGUCUUAUCAUCAUGACGACUUCGACUUUGCUCUUUUCUAAUAAAGUAAAAGUUGUCGCAGUCCCAGUCGCUUUCAUCCACAAAUAACAUGAACAAUUAAUCCCCAGGUUAAACCACCCGAACGUGGUUCAGUAUAAGCAUUCGUGGCUAGAAAACUGGCAAGCGAACCCUUGGUGUCCGCGGGUUCCGUUUCUGUUCAUUCUCAUGCAGUAUUGCAGUCGCGGCAGUUUGCAAGAUCUGAUCGAUCGGAGCUGUGGAGCAGAUCGCGGUGGGCUUCCCGUGAACAUGAUUUUCCCUCUUCUUGACGACAUCCUCUCCGGUAUUCACUAUCUGCACACACAAGGCGUCUUGCAUCGUGACCUAAAGUGUGAAAACGUGCUGCUGCAUUGCGAGGGACCUCUGAAAACGACACGGGCGCUACUCACCGACUUCGGGACCGCGGAAUGGAAAACAGCGGCAUUCAGCGUAGGGGUUGAUGUUGAGGAGGCGCACAACUUGGCCAGCACAUCUGACAAUCACCAUGCGCGAGGAUCCUCAUCUACUUCAACUGCACAAAAUACGACUGCGCCUGCACAACAGAUCGGUGCUCUUCGAGGCAAUGCUGCUACUUCGUCUGGCAACAAUCCGUCACGACCAGGAGGGAUCGCAAAUGGACAACCCGGUUCGUUGAGACCGGAUACUACCCGGAGUAGGUCUCCCCUUCGAGAGCGGCGGUCACAGCAAGCCGGGACGGGAUCGAGCAACUUUGGCACGACAGAGUACAUGGCACCUGAGGCAUUCCACUCCGUGGACCCCUUCUAUGAUGAAAAAUCCGACAUGUGGUCUCUGGGCGUCCUCUGCUACAACAUGCUUUUCGGCAAACUUCCAUUUUUCGGCAAUUCACCGCUAGCAACUCGACUCUUGAUCGAAAAAUUUAGUCGGGGUGAGCUGCUACCAGCAGAUCUACAGGCCCGGCCAUCGGGCGACGGACAAAGCGGCUCCCUUAUCCUCACUGCCUUAGUGUUCACGCUUCUGCAACCAGAGGGAGCGCGUCGGCCGAGUGCGAUCGAUGUAUUACGAAACGACGCCUAUUGCAAGGCCCGCGACAGGGCGGCGGCGGCCGAAUUCGCAUUUGAGUCUUCACGCGAGCGAAGUGGCACAGGCCAAGCGAGUGAUCGGAAGCGCCCCCUUCCGAUAACCACGACGAGUGAGGCCACUAGCUAACAAACGGGGCUUCAAAUGCCAGAAUCAACGUUGCUUGGAAUAACGCACUCAGAAGGCAGACUUCUCUUUUUCAUAAACACAAAUCGGCUUCGGCAUGUAUGAAUGUGACCCUGUGUAAAAAUAUCCAGCAAUUGAUUCAUCAACAUCAUCAUUUUCAUUUUCACAUAUUCAUAUAUAAAUUAUGCUUUCCAUGACGACAACAUCGAAAUUGCUUGACGCUGUUGCUUUGACCAAGCACAUCAAUGAGUCGCAAUCUUGCGACAAUCAAAAACUUAUACUCUUAUCCCUAUCGAUUCCUGCUGCUCACCGAUCGAUGUCCAAAGAGAAACACAUAAGUAGCUAGGCGCAAAAUCGCCACUGAGGUUCAGGUGAUUGAAGUCAACGUGUUUCAAG